AUGUUUGAUUUAGGCUCUAGGCCCCCCAUUCUCAAGUCAAGACUCCAAGAACUAGCUUUAAAUGCCACGAUCUGUCUUGCUCAAUUUUUGUCCCAGGGCUCUGUGGCCAUGUCCUUGAGUACGAUGAAUGCCAUUCUAAAGUCCUUUUCUGAAUUGAGAGGAGAGGAAGUGCCUCAAUCGCAGCUGGUGUGGUUUAUGGGAGCAUUUGCAUUAACUUUGGGAACGUUUAUUUUGAUUUCAGGUCGUCUCGGAGAUCUUUUUGGACUAAAAAAAAUAUUUGUCCUUGGCUGGUUCUGGGCCACUUUUUGGUGCCUUAUAACUGGCAUCUCAUAUUACUCGCAUCUGUCUGACUUUUUCAUUGUUUGUCGAGCUUUUCAGGGUAUCGGCUUCGCGUUGAUCAUACCAUGUGGUAUGGGAAUUCUUGGUUCCGUCUACCCAAACGGUAAACGAAAAAAUCUUGCUUUUGGUUGUGUCGGAGCUGCAGCUCCAGUAGGUGCCACCAUUGGCUGCCUCAUGGCAGGUGUGGUAGCGCAAACGUGGUGGUGGCCGUGGGCGUUCUGGCUUCUCAGUAUUACGUGUUUCAUUCUCGGCUGUUUGGCACUUUAUGCCAUUCCGACUGGGUUUGAGCAUAAACAGUCUACAUUUAAAGAGGCUUACGACAAGUUUGACCUUGUGGGCGCCUUAUUGGGAGUUGCUGGCCUCAUUUUGUUCAGCUUUGUAUGGAACCAGGGUCCUUUGGAUGGAUGGCUGUCGGCUUACAUCAUCGUUCUUUUGGUUGUGAGCGUAUUGAUCAUUGUAUCGUUUUUUCUUUAUGAACUUCAUAAGGCCAAGUUCCCACUCUUGCCUCGUGGUAUUUUCACCUUUCGAGUCGGUCUCAUUCUUUCGUGCAUGAGUCUCGGCUGGGGCCUGUUCGGUGUAUGGCAGUACUACUAUUGGAGCCUCAUGUUGAACCUUAGAGGGUACACGCCCAUCAAGACAGCGUUGACCUAUAUACCGCUUUUAAUUAUUGGUAUGCUCGCAGCUCUAAUUGUGGGCUUCUUUAUUAACAAAAAGAGAGCACCAUACAUCAUCGCCUUCGCUAUGGUCGGGUUCUUAUGUGGAGACAUAUUUCUCAGCAUUCUACCGGUCGACCAAAGCUUCUGGCGUCUUUCUUUUGGCCAAAUGUUUUUGCUCACAUGGGGCAUGGACUUUUCGUUUCCAGCUGCAUCGUUGAUCUUGUCUGACUUCUUGCCUACACAGCACCAGGGCAUGGCAGGGUCGUUGGUGAACACGGUUGUCAACUACUCUGUGUCUUUAUUUUUGGCCAUUGCCAGCACAGUGGAAACUGAAGUUUACAAAGAAACUAAUGAUACUUUGCAGAGUUACCGAGCAGCUGCGUACUUUGGUGUUGGUAUUGCCGGUUUGGCGGUGGUGAUCUCCGUAAUCUUCAUUUUCACCGAGCAUGGAAAAGACGACCUACCGGAGUAUCAAAGCGACGUCGAAAAGGUAUCUACGAGUAACGAAUCUAGCUUAUAG